CGCCGCCGGCUGCCAUUGCGCCGUACCUGGCGGCAGCGCAGGGCGUGGGGGCGGGGCGGCAGCGGCGGCGGCGGCAGUACGGGACGUACGGGGACGACGUGGAGGACGAGGUGGAGGGCUUCGAGGAGCCCGCGGAUGAAGGGGAGUGGCGCCACCUCUACGACGCGCGGGGGGUGGUUGACAAGUGGCUCGGUGACCCCGCGCUGUGGGGCAUGCUGUCAGCGGAUGUGUUAGGAGGUGAUGGGGAGGAGGAGGAGGAUGAAGGGGAGGGUCCCGAGCUGAGAUGGGAGACACGCAUGGUGCUGGGGCCAGGAGGCGAUGCGUGGCAUCCGGCGAACCGCAAGGUAAAGGUGAGCGUGUUCGUGCGCGACCUGCAGCUGUCCCGCCUGGCCAAGGAGCGCCUGCUGGCGCUGGUGGGGCGGCGCUACAACGCCCAGCGCGACGAGCUCACCAUCGUCAGCGAGAGGUACCGCCACCGGGAGGAGAACCGCAAGGACGUGUUUCGCAUUCUGCAUGCGCUCAUCGCCGAGGCAAACAAGGCAGACCACCUCGCAGCUCAGGCGGCGGUUGAAGCUGCCUCCAUCACAUGCUCCCAGGCCUCCUCUGUGGCAUAG